GGAGGUGUUGAUGCAUUCCCUGUCCCACAGGUGGGGAGACGGAGGUGGAGAAGCAGCACGUGGACAUGUUGGAGAACCACCUGAUGGAUCUGCGCAUGGCCUUCGCGCGGCUCUGCUACAGCCCUGACUUUGAGAAGCUGAAGCCGGCGUACCUGGAGCAGCUGCCAGGGAAACUGCAGCAGCUGUCACGUUUCCUGGGCUCCCGGCAGUGGUUUGUAGGGACCAAGCUCACCUUCAUUGACUUUCUGGCUUAUGAUGUGCUGGACCAGCAACGCAUGUUUGCCCCCGACUGCCCCGAGCUGCAGGGCAACCUGAAGCAGUUCAUGCAGCGCUUUGAGGCCUUGGAGAAGAUCUCAGCCUACAUGCGCUCGGGGCGCUUUAUGAAGACCCCCAUCUUCUGGCACACGGCGCUGUGGUGCAACAAGAAGGAGUGAG